GGUCAUUUUUUUCAACUUGAAUUGUAGUUCAAAGUUUUCUAAGUGAAUACUAAUUGUCAAUGUGCAAUUAUUAAGAGCUUAAUGUUGGAAAUUACUUAAAAGUGUAAAAUUUACAACCAAGGUUUGCAGUCAUAUUCAGCAACCAAUCAGAAGAGAAAUAUAUUCCAUGUGACUUUGGGUUAUUGUUGAACUCUCCUUUGCACAGACUCACAUUGUAAAUAGUGGGCCAUGCUUGCACAAAUCUGAGACUACAGUACUUUCAAGGUAUUCUACAUGUGUUCUAGGUAUUAAAGACUUAACGGUAUUAAAUUACAAGAUUCGGUAUGUCAGCUGAUAUAUCUUCAAUAUCAAGUUCUUGUCCAUCCCCAGUGAGCAACUCGGAUACGAGCUUUACAUCAGAUGUAGCCUCCCCAGCAGUUGAGACACCUCCAUUUGCCAAAGAUCUACCCUUAGCUUUGCGUAGAGCACACAGGAGUAAUGCCGGGUUACGUAAAGAGCCAUACAUUUUGGUUCCUGAGAAGUUUGAAACUAGUCUAUCCAGAACCAAAGACCUCAAGAUAACUCUAAAACGAAAAUUAGAUACAGCACAUUCCAACAAAGGGGAUAAGAAAAAACCAGUUGGGGAACGAGACGAUUAUGUUCCUUCCUCCAAGAAAAAGAAGAAAAUACCAAUAAAGCGACGUGAGCAGGAUUCUAGUAACGACUUUUACUGUUGGAUUUGUCACCGAGAAGGGUCUGUUAUCUGUUGUGAAUUGUGCCCAAGAGUCUACCACUCACGAUGUCUGCAGUUGAAUGAGGAAACGGAUGGAGACUGGUUCUGCCCAGAAUGUCAGAAAAUAAUGAAAGCAGAAUGUGUGGAGACUCAGUCCCGUGCAAUGAGCAUGUUAUCAGUUGACCAACUCUCAAGACUUCUCAUCUUCUCACUACAGCGGAUGAAGCACUCUUGGGCCCAACCUUUCCUGAAACCAGUGGAUUUGGAGACAGUACCUGAAUAUUACGAGUACAUUUUCCAUCCAAUGGAUUUAUCAACCCUUGAAAAGAAUAUAAAGAGUAAGAAGUAUGGAUCAACAGAUGCAUUUAUAGCUGAAGCCAAGUGGAUACUGCACAACUGUAUUGUAUAUAAUGGAUCCAAUCACAAGCUUACAAAUAAUGCCAAGAUGAUCAUUAAAAUAUGCAAACAUGAAAUGAGUGAGAUUGAAAUAUGUGAGGAUUGUUAUUUAUCAUCAUGUAUAAAGAGAGAGAACUGGUUUUGCGAACCUUGUAGAGAACCUCACCCAUUGGUUUGGGCACGUUUGCAAGGUUUCCCAUUCUGGCCUGCAAAGGCUUUGCAAACAAAGAAAGGUCAGGUUGAUGUGCGAUUCUUUGGUCAGCAUGAUAGAGCCUGGGUGCCAGUUGCAAACUGCUACAUGAUAUCUGAGGAAAUUCCGAUUACAACGAAAAAGAAAACAAAUGGUUUAAAUAAUGCUAUUACAGAGAUGGGUGUGCACAUUGAGAAAAUAUGCAAGAAAUUUGGCAAGUUUGACUAUGCUCCUUAUCGUACACCAUAUGAUCCUAAAAACACAAACUGGAAAAAACCAAUUAAUACCCCAGCUGCUAUGAAAAAGAGCAGGAACAAGAUAAGUAUCUUCCAAAAGUCUCCUGUAAUUUCAAUCAAGAAAGAGCCAUUGGAUGCCUCUGGUGAACACAUUUUAGUUGAGGACAAAUCUAGGUUGUGCUUACUAACAAAUGAAACUGUGAAACCAAAUGAUAAUGAAGAUUCUAAAAAUAUUGAGAAAAAUACAGAUACCAGGGAGCCUAAGGGCACUGGGAAGUCAAACAAUAAUGUGGAACCUAAAGAUACUGGAAAACCUAAUGACACAGAGAAGGCAACUGAUACUAGAAAGCCAAAUAUCACUGAGAAAGUAAAGGAUGCUUCUGUUGAAUCCUCAAACAAAUGUGAUUCAAUAUCAGAUGAAAAUGCUGACACCUGCACAAGUAUCGAUGUAAAUAGAACAAGAGAGCCAGAACCUACUGCUGCUAAAGAGGUCAGUUCCAAUGACAAGCAGGGAAUUGACAAAGGCAAAAACAAAACUGAAGAGAUGGAAGAUAAUAAGUCGAGUAACAUUGAAGCUGGACCAGAGGCAAGCAAUGAAAUCUCUAAAACAGUUGACAAUACUGGAUCUGUAAGUGAAGAAAGUACUGACAUUCCUUCUGCCACAACUCCUGGUGUGUUUGAGGUCUGUGAUGUCUCCUUGGAAAUGGAUGUUGAAAAGGUAGAAGAUCAAUCAGCAACCAAGUUACUGGGCAAGGAAAAAAUGUCACCAAGGCCCAAGCCAUUAAUUGAAAAAUUGGAUGAGAAGAAGUUGGAGAAAUGUACAGGGAAUAUAACAGAAGAAUCUUUAGAUAAGAUGAUUGAUGGUGAUUCCAUAGAUGUGCAAAAAGAGACUAAGAUUGAGGGGAAGGACAUUAAGGAAACAAGUGAAAUUAAUGAAAAGAAUGAUAAUCAUGGCAAUACAAACCAAGAAAAACAUGAUGAAAAAAGGACAAAUGAGAUGGAUACAUCGACUGAUGGUCAAAAGCCUAUCUCAAGUCGGGAUAAUGAAGCAAAUUUAGAAAAAGAAGAUAUGGAAGGGUCCAACAAAAAAGAUGAAAAGAAGGGCGAGAUGACCUUGCAGCAAGGCCUACCCAAAAGGGACACAUUUAUGGAAAAACUGGGUAAAACAAUUGAGUCUUGUAAAGCUUUGCUGGGUUUGAAAUCUGAGCUAGAGGACAAAGAAGCAGAUACUCAGUCGGAGUCAGAAAGUGAGGAAAGUGAAAGUGAUUCUGAAAGCUCAGAUGAAGACAUUGAAGAAAUUGGUUAUGAGGUCAGGAGAAAGAGGAGUUGCAGUUCUGAAGAGGCAAUGGAUGUUGAUGACAACUCAACUGAACAAAGUGGAAAGAUCUCCCCAGUGCCUGAUGAAGAUGAUGUUACAAAUGAUGAGCAACGUAAAAGUCCUUCAAUAGAAUCUGAUGUAUGCAUGAAUAAUGACAAGGAAUCUGAAGAAGACAUGAUGAAACCAGAAUCUAAAAUGGCUGAUGAAACAAGUGGUAUAACUUUCCAAGUCAAUGAAAAUACUACCAAAGUUCAACCUGUUAACCUUGGAAAUGCAUCACAACCAACAGUACCUGAUCAAAAUGGUAUGGAUGCCAUUAUUGAUUUGUCUGGAGUGAAUAAUGAGAUUGAUCGUAAGUCUGAUUUUGUAAAUGUAAAAGAGGACAGUGAUAAAAUUACAAAAGAGGAUGAUAAAAUGGAAAUUAAUGAGAAAGAAUCUAAGAUUCAUCAAGAGAACUCUAGCAAAGUAGAGUUGAUUAAAAAAGAGCCAGACACACCUAAAGAUUUAAAAAUUGAAUUGAAUGAAUGUAAAAAUGAGGGAAAGUUGGAAAAUGAUGAGGUUCUUGAUCAUGUGAAGGAAAUAGUAGAUUUGGUUCAAAAACAGACUCCAGGGGUACAAUUGGAAAAUGGUGCAUUACCUUCAAAAAAACAUGACCUUGAUGAGAGUAGUGCUUCAUCAAAGAAUAUUGCAGAUGAUGGGAAAAAACAGCAGUCUAGUGGAGAACACAACAAAACUGAGAAUUAUGGGAAAGUAGCUGCAAGGAUCAAGAACUUUGACAAGUACAUUGGAAAGGUUUCAAAUGUAGUGAAGGAGGCACUGAUUGAAAUGUAUUCUGAAGUAGCAGAGGAAUCAGUGGAAGAUGAAACAAAAAAAGUGAUGAAAGGAUUCCAAGAUGAAGUUGAGUUUCUAAAGUGGAGGCACACAAGAGAACUAGAGGAAUUCAAACAUGUAGCUGCCUUAACUAUAGCUGAGAUGCGAAGCACAUUUGAUCAUGAUAAGGCCAUGGCAUUGGAAACACUAAAGAAACAGAUGGAAGCUGAGAAACAAACUGCAAUUGAUCUUACCAAAAAGAAACAGUGGUGUGCUAACUGUGAGAAAGAAGCUGUAUUCUAUUGUUGUUGGAACACUAGUUACUGUGACUACCCAUGUCAACAAAAACAUUGGCCUGCACACAUGAAGACCUGUCAACAGUUGGGAACUACAGAAAAUACUGACAAGACACCCAAAUCUUCAGUCACAAUCCAGUCCCCAAUUAUGAAGCCAACAGUUUCUCAUUCACAUGUCUUGGACACUACAGUACAAAACAACCCGCAACUGGGAAAUAGAGCACGUCCGAUGCAAAUCAUACCAGCUGUCCCAAGCAGUGCAAACAAGCUUCAAACACUAAUACAGUAUGUCCAAGCACCCCAUGGAGCAAACUUACAAACAACCCAAAUAAGAGGUGGCAACCCGAGGUUGGCCGCGCCCAAUCCUGCAGGAUUAUACCGUCUGGAGCCAGUACAACAAAUUCCCGUUUUACGUCCUCAGAAUAAUAUCAUAAGGAACGUGGUUGGAAAUCGGGGUCAGCCGGUGAUUCUGCGUCCUAACACAAUCCAUCAGCUUCCAAGUUUAAAUCAGCGUUUGUAAUUGAAUUUCUAUGACAUCCAUUGUUAACCAUUCCAAAUAUCUUCAUUUAUUUAAAUAAUUUUGAUCACAAAGACCUAAAGCUUAGUAUUUGUUUUAAGUACAUUGGAAAAUCAUGUUAUCAGCAAUAUUACUUUUGGUUUUGAUUAAAAAAUCUUAAUAAUGUCACCACAUUUCAAGUAGAGCUUUGUCCACACUAUCAAGAUGUAAAAAUAGCGUUGAUUUGACUGAUAUGGAUUUGAUACAUUAUGCUCAUAUGGGUUGAGGAGCAUUAUGAUGUCAUCAGAGCCAUACAAAUCACAAAUAUUUAUAACUUGGUAAUGUGGACAUAGUUUUAUAUACAGAAUACAGAAAUAAACUGCUAUGGGGAUAACCCCCACAAUGUUUCUUGCAUUACUGUUCCAACACUGCCUAUUGAGUGAAACUGCCCUAGUUGACCUAGAUGACAAUUGGUUGUACCCAGUGCAACAAAUGCUUUCCUAGUGCCUGAA